GCGAGCACUGUUUUACAAACAUAGCAUCAACAUAGAAGUUAUUUUGUAGGCUUCAUGAUGCAGAUAUGGGCUGUGCUGCCAGCAUUGUUCUGCUUCAAACCUUUCGUUCUGUGGUACAGAGGAGCUGUCCCCAUAUUUGCACGAGACGACAAGAGGAUUUGUCACAUGAGAUUGUGCUACAGGAUGAUGUGGAUGAUAUAAGCAGACCAAGAACUCUGAUAAUAAUGCAUGAAAAACCUAAAUUAUUGGAACCUUUGGAUUACGAGUCUGCUAUAAGUGAAAUAGAAAACACAUAUUACAAUGAUCCCCUGAGAGACCUGGUAUUAUUCCCUGAAGAUGACUUUUCUGUAGAAACGAUUCCCAUGGGGAUGCACACCCUCUAUUCCACAGUGCCUGAAGAAGCUGAGCAAAAAGCUACACAUUUGUUGGUCAAAGAGGCCUGUAAAUAUUACAAUUCUCACUGGCAUGUGGUGAACUACAAGUAUGAGCUGUAUUCUGGGGACUUCCGACAGUUACAGCAAUAUUACUCAAAGACAGAAAAAUUACCAUCGCAUUCAUUUGAAAUUGAUCAUGAAGAUGCAGACAAGGAUGAAGAUACAACAUCCCUCUCGUCUUCGAAGGGAGGUGGUGGCGGAGGAGGUGGAUCAGGAGUUUUUAAAUCUGGCUGGCUGUAUAAAGGGAAUUUUAAUAGCACAAUAAACAAUAGCAUCACUGUCCGGUCCUUUAAAAAACGCUUCUUCCAGUUGACGCAGCUCUCAGAUAAUUCAUACAUUAUGAACUUUUACAAAGAUGAAAAAAUAUCAAAGGAACCAAAGGGAUGUAUAUUUUUAGACUCUUGCACUGGAGUUAUCCAGAAUAAACAGCUUAGAAAACAUGCCUUUGAGCUGAAAAUGAAUGACCUGACAUACUUUGUGCUGGCAGCUGAAACAGAGCAGGACAUGGAUGACUGGAUUUCUACUCUUAAUAAAAUAUUGCAAAUAAAUCCCGAAGGAGCCAUUCCAGAGAGGAAAAGUGCAGAUCUAACAGAUCAUAAACUGGUAGGAGAUCCCGGAGAGACCGUAAUGAAUUUUGAAACACAACAUGAAGAAACAGAUUCAGCAGAGAACUCCUUACAUCCGGACCUUGCAAAGUAUAUCACAGAAACAGAAGAAACCACCAGAGCUGCUCGAAACAUGGAUCGACUCAAUCUUUUUUCCCUUGACCCAGAUAUUUGUGUAACAAAGCUCCAGAACUCAGCAAGCGACACUGCCAUCAAACCAUUCGUGGAAAAGACAGCAAAGAGGAUUAUGAUAUGUUGCAAAUCCCUCAGUCUGAAUCUUCAAGCCUGCCUCACAGAAAAUGACAGCGAUCCCAUAACAAAUAUUGAGCCUUUCUAUUUGUCUGUGGCUUUAUUUGACCUCAGAGAGGGGAGGAAGAUAUCGGCAGAUUUUCAUGUAGAUUUGAAUCAUGACAUUGUAAGGCAGCUAACUCCUGGCUUAUCAAGUUUAAAUGAAAACGGAUCGACUUCCCCUUCUGUCACCCAGGCUAAAGAAUUGGAAGAACCUCAGAUCAAAGGAUUUCCAGAGAAGUGGAUGAAGUACCCCAGACAGGCUAUAUUCUCCAUAACAAAUACACACUCUGAUGUGGUUUUGGUUGCCAGAAUAGAAAAAGUUCUCAUGGGAAACAUUGCAAGCAAUGCUGAUCCGUACAUUAAAAAUUCAGAUUCCAGCAAGUCAGCACAGAAAUUAUUGAAGUCAACAAAGCAAUUUUGUAGCAAAUUGGGAAAAUACAGAAUGCCUUUUGCUUGGUCCAUGAGACCAGUAUUUAAAGACAACUGUGGAACCAUUGAUCGAGAGUCUAGAUUCUCCCCUUUGUUCCGACAAGAGGGUAACAAGAUUGCUACUGAAGAUCUGAUUAAACUGGUGUCAGAAUAUAGAAGGGUUGAGAAGAUUAGCAAAAUACAGAUAAUUCCUGGAAGUCUGGAAAUAUCAGUAGACAUUGUUCCCAUGGAACAUCCAAACUGUCUUACCUCGUCUCUAGUACCAAUUAAACCAUUUGGUGACAUAGAGAAACACCCACCCACAGUGGAAGUUGAAGAGUUUGUUCAGCCAUCAACCAAAUAUUCCCUGCCUUAUAGAACCUAUAAAAACCAAAUAUAUUUAUAUCCCAAACAUCUCAAGUACGACAGUCAGAAAUGCUUUAACAAGGCAAGGAACAUAAUGGUGUGCAUUGAAUUUAAGAACUCUGAUGAAGAAGGAAGUCAGCCUUUAAAGUGUAUUUAUGGAAAACCUGGAGAUCACUUGCUUACAACAGCAGCAUAUACCACAAUUCUCCAUCAUUCUCAGAAUCCCGAUUUCUACGACGAGGUGAAAAUUGAGCUUCCCACUCAACUUCAUGAGAAACAUCACAUUCUGUUUUCAUUUCAUCACGUCACCUGUGACAUAAAUGCAAAAGCUAAUGCCAAAAAGAAAGAGGCUCUGGAAACUCCAGUUGGAUUUGCAUGGCUACCUCUAUUCAAAAAUGAACAGCUCAUCUCGCAAGAUCACAUGAUCCCUGUUGCCACUUGCUUGCCUCCAAAAUAUUUAAGUUAUGAAGAUGCUGCAUCAGGAAAGCAAAGUGGAAGUGAUCUCAAAUGGGUGGAUGGUGGAAAACCACUUUUUAAAGUAUCAACGCUUGUUGCAUCAACUAUAUAUACUCAGGAUCCAUAUCUGAAUAGUUUUUUCCAGCAAUGUCAAAAAAGAGAAAGUGAUCAAGUGACGGCUACAUCACCCUCCUUUAUUACAUCUUGUAAGAACUUACUGAAUAUAGAGAAAAUACACGUGAUAAUAAACUUUCUCCCUGUUCUGCUAAAUCAACUCUUUCAUGUUCUGACCCAAAAUAUUGAUGAUGGCAUCAUUACCACCACCACGAGAGUCCUCACUGACAUUGUCGCUAAAUGCCAUGAAGAACAGUUGGAGAAUUAUGUCCAUUCAUACAUAAAGUAUGUGUUUAAAACAAAAUCGCAUGGAGACUGCACAGUCCACGAGGAACUGGCCAAGGGUUUGACAAGCCUCUUAAAGUCCAAUGAAUCCAAUACAAUAAAGCAUGUUUUAAGGCACUCCUGGUUCUUCUUUGAAAUCAUUAUCAAAUCAAUGGCUCAGCAUCUACAUGACCUGGACAUGGUCCAAGUUCAGCGCACUAAGAGGUUUCCUGAAUCGUUCCUCAAUGAACUGGACUCCCUUGUGAUGGGCUUCUCAGAUCACAUCAUUUGGAAAUACAGAGAUGCCAUGGAAGAAACGAAAAAAGCCAAUUUGAGCGUGGCCUGUUUUUUAAAACGUUGCUUCACGUUUAUGGAUCGUGGUUUCAUCUUUAAAAUUAUCAGUAGCCAUAUCAGUAUGUUUAGCCCGGGAGAUCACAAGGACUUGUAUCAGUAUAAGUUUGAGUUUCUUCAGGAGGUAUGCAAUUACGAGCACUUCGUCCCACUCUGUCUACCAAUACGAUCUGCCAAUAUUCCAGAUGCUGUUACUCCUUCAGACUCAACUAAAGCUUUGCAUGCUUCAGAUAUGCCAGAAUAUACGUUGACUGAUGAUUUCUGUCGAAAACACUUCCUGAUUGGGAUACUUCUUAGGGAAAUUGGAUUUGCCUUGCAAGAAGACCAAGAUAUCCGACAUUUAGCCUUAGCAGCGCUAAGAAAUCUCAUGACUAAACAUUCAUUUGAUGAUCGUUACGCAGACAAGGAAAAACAGGCUCAAAUAGCCAUACUCUAUUUACCUCUCUAUGGACUUCUAUUGGACAAUAUGCCCCGGAUUUUCAUGAAGUAUUUUUUUCCAUUUGGAAUAAAUACAUCUAACCAGGGCUCCAGGGAUGACCUGAGUACAGCAGCAGUCUCUCAAAGCCAGUCAGCCUUGAAGCAUGCCACAUCCGCUGACACCUCAUUCUCCAAAGACGUUCUAAACUCCAUUGCUGCUUUUUCUUCAGUUGCCAUCACGGCAGGAAACAAUGCUGAUUCUCGAGCAUCUCUAGCUAGCCUGGAGUCUAUUCCUAGCACAAAUGAGAAGAAUAGCGACAAGGCCGAGAACUGUGAAAAGAUUGCAAGACCAUUGUCUCUGAUUGGCUCAACGCUUCGAUAUGACAAACUUGACCAGGCCGAAACCAAAACUAUAUUGAUGUGUUUUCUUCAUAUUAUGAAAAUGAUAUCAAAGGAAAUGUUAGUCUCGUACUGGCAGAGGGCUCCCAAUACGGAGAUAUAUGACUUUUUCAGCAUUCUGGAAGUAUGUCUUCAAAACUUCAGAUAUCUCGGAAAAAGAAACAUAAUACGAAAAAUCACUGCAGCUUUCAAACUUGCCCAAGCAUCUCAGAACAACGGGACCCUGAAAGGCUCUAAUUCCUCUUCUCAAGCGGGACUCCUAACACAGUGGAUACAUUCUGCACAUGAUGGCCAAAAACAUCCAAGGUCACAAACGUUGCCCAUCAUUCGAGGAAAGAAUGCUCUUUCUAAUCCCAAAUUGUUGCAAAUUAUAGAAUUCACAAGCUCAGCAGCCAGUAGUUCAAAUGAGACAGACAUUGUGCAUCAUCUUGAUAUAGAAGCCAACAUUGCCACAGAAGUUUGUAUUACGGUUCUUGACCUAUUGUGUCUGUUCAACGAGACCCAUCAGAAGUUGCAGCCAUCUGACAACCAAAGUGUAUUGAUGAAGAAGGUUUUUGAUACCCACUUACUUUUUUUACAAAUCAACCAAUCAGCGGCUGCCCUGCGUCAUGUGUUUGCCGCUAUCCGGAUGUUUGUAAACAAGUUCCCUUCUGCAUUCUUUCAAGGACAAGCUGAUCUUUGUGGACCAUUUUGCUAUGAAGUUCUUAAAUGCUGCAACCAUCACUCACGCUCCACCCAGACUGAGGCCUCGGCUCUGCUGUAUUUUUUCAUGCGAAAGAACUUUGAAUAUAACAAACAAACGUCAAUUGUGAGAUCUCAUCUACAACUCAUCAAGGCAGUAAGCCAGCUGAUUGCAGAUGCAGGAAUUGGUGGCUCUCGAUUUCAACAUUCAUUGGCCAUUAUCAACAACUUUGCUAAUGGAGACAAACAAAUGAAGAACACUCCGUUUCCAGCAGAGGUGAAAGAUCUCACCAAACGCAUCCGGACUGUUUUAAUGGCAACAGCACAAAUGAAGGAACAUGAGAAGGACCCAGAGAUGCUGGUGGACCUCCAAUAUAGCUUGGCAAACUCGUAUGCCAGCACGCCUGAAUUACGUAGGACUUGGCUGGAGAGCAUGGCAAAAAUCCAUGCCAGAAAUGGAGAUUUAUCAGAGGCUGCUAUGUGCUACGUCCAUAUUGCUGCUUUAAUUGCAGAGUAUUUGAAAAGGAAAGGUUACUGGAACUGUGAAAGCAGUCAGACCCAAAGCAUGCCGCUUGAAGAUACCCAAACCUCUGACUAUAACCCUUUACUAACAUCCGCCAAUGGAAAAAGCUCCUUUUCUAUGGGUUGGCCAGCUUUCCAGACCAUUACUCCAAACAUCAAAGAAGAGGGAGCAAUGAAAGAAGACUCAGGGAUGCAAGAUACCCCUUACAAUGAGGGCACACUUGUGGAACAACUAGAUCUGUGUGUAGACUAUCUGUGGAAAUCUGAACGGUACGAGCUGAUUGCCGAUGUUAGUAAGCCGGUCAUUGCAGUGUUUGAGAAGCAACGAGACUUCAAAAGGCUGUCCGAGCUUUAUUACAGAAUACAUCGAUCCUAUCUAAAAAUCGCUGAAGUUGUAAAUGCAGAGAAACGUUUAUUUGGACGAUAUUAUCGAGUUGCUUUUUAUGGUCAGGGCUUUUUUGAAGAAGAGGAAGGCAAAGAAUAUGUGUAUAAAGAACCCAAACUGACUGGGCUCUCAGAGAUAUCACAGCGACUACUCAAGCUAUACGCUGAUAAAUUUGGAGCAGACAAUGUCAAAAUUAUUCAGGAUUCCAACAAGGUAAACCCGAAAGACCUAGAUCCAAAGAUUGCCUACAUACAAGUUACAUAUGUCACGCCUUACUUUGACGAGAAGGAGAUGGAAGACAGGAAAACCGAUUUUGAAAAACAUCACAAUAUUAGCAGAUUUGUGUUUGAAACUCCAUUCACAUUGUCAGGAAAGAAGCACGGAGGUGUGGAGGAGCAAUGCAAGAGGCGAACAGUUCUGACAACAAGUCAUUCUUUUCCUUAUGUGAAGAAAAGGAUACAAGUUGUUAAACAGACAAGCACGGAACUGAACCCCAUUGAAGUCGCAAUAGAUGAGAUGUCGAAAAAGGUUUCAGAACUUAAGGAACUCUGCACAAUGGAAGGAGUAGAUAUGAUUAGGCUUCAACUUAAGCUUCAAGGGAGCGUGAGUGUUAAAGUAAAUGCUGGGCCUAUGGCAUAUGCAAGAGCUUUCUUAACAGAGACAAAUGCAAACAAUUACCCAGAGAGUCAAGUGAAGCACCUUAAAGAAAUAUUCAGACAAUUUGCAGAAACCUGCGGGCUUGCUCUGGAAGUCAAUGAGCGGCUUAUAAAAGAGGAUCAGCUGGAAUAUCAAGAGGAAAUGAAAUCCCAUUACAGAGACAUCCUGGCAGAGCUCUCUGAAGUCAUGAAUGAGCCGCUAUCAUGUGACCCUUGCUUGUUCAGCUUCUCCUCUUCCUUGUCUAACAUUUCACUCGGUGCUAUAGGGAAAAUUGAUGACAUACCGAGAAGAUCCAACAAAGCAUCAAGGAGCCGAGAAACAAUACAUUCUUCGAUCAAUCAGUAGGGCAAAUACAGUCCAACAGACCUCAUCGUGGAAAGCUGAUUCUUGAUCUAAGCUAUUUUUUUUAAUUAUAAUUUUUAUGUUUUUGGGAUGGGGGGGGGGGUAUUUUUUUUAAUGGAUUCACACCUCAAGCCGCCAACUGACCUGGUCAUUAAAAGGGAAGAGCAACACAGCAAAAUGGACUAUUUGAAACUUAGAUUGUAAUUUUAAUUUAUUUUAAAACAUUAUUCUUGUAAAGUGCUUUGUGUAUUUUCAUCUUGCCGGUGGAUACGGGCAGUAGUAUUAAUGCCCUAUAGCUCUCUACACAGGGCGAUACCAGUGUUUACUUCUAGCACUUAAACAUGUAACAUGCACCCUCUUGCAAACUGCUUCUUCUCUUUAUUUUAUAUCUGACAUUGUUUUAUUUCUCGCUCAUAUUUUAAGAGUUUUAAUUCUAUGUUUUAUAAUAAUUAAGCAUAUUUACAUUGGAAAUUGUACAUAGGAGAUGUGUAAAAUUGGUCAUUUUUAUAGAAUUCACA